CACACACACACCGAGGAACAAGAACCUUCAGUGAUCUUGCACUCAUGUUUAACGCUUUUUUCAAAGCAUUUGUAAAUAUUAGCAGAACAAGCCAAAUGGUUUCCAAGAAUAUUUGUAUACGGGUUAUUGACCGUGCGUGAGGUCAACAUAGUUGGAUAUUGGCACGGAUCGUUUUUGUGUAGUUAUACAGCGAGAUGCAGUCAGGUUCAUAAACGCGUAAAAAAAAAGGAACGAAGCCAAUAUUUAUAUUCAGCUUGACCGAACAAGCUUGGUCAACUAUAAAGGACAUACUACAUGGGAUAUCGGACACCAUUUUCUUAUGGGAUACAGCAGGCGCACAGUGGCCAAUAAUAGCGCAGAACUUGGUUUAUCUUGCCUGUUUGUAGAGUUAGCAAUAUAAAAAGGAACUUUAUUUCACCAAAGGCUAUCCGUUGUGCCCGGGAUUUUUAUAGAGAGGUUGAGUACAAACUAAUAGAAUGGGACGUUUUGUUAUGACGUCAGACUGGUAUGUCGCGUCGUGUGGUUCAUUCGACCCAUCUGAUUGGCUAAUGCAAAUUGUUUACACUUUCCAGCGAGUAAUUAUCACUAUUACGCACAGUUGCCAUAAGUCAGUGUAUACCCAGCGACAACUAACUGAUUUAACUACAGACUGAAAAUGAACAGCAACGGACAACAAGCCAUGAUAGCUGUUCAAGAAGAACGGGCAAGAAUCGGAGGAAUUGAAGUGGCAAAGAAGACGGUGAUAGCCGCUACAGACGAAGGGGUUAUCGCGUUUCAGAUCAAUACUGUGGAGGCAAGCGGCCCUCCCCAACAAAGGCCAGCAUUACCAGGCUACCCAAUGGCAGCAUUACCGGCCAGCAGCCCCAGUCCUAUUGUGGUAAGCACUGAAUCUGAUGGUAGCUGCGUUGACUGCUGUUGCGCAUGUGAUAGUGGCUACGAGUGGUACGAGUUAAAGGGAAAAGGUUUUUGCUGCAUCCUCUUGCUUCUUCUAUUCUAUCUGGUGGUGGGAGCAAUUUUUCUCCCCCUUGCAAUCGCGGCCUGUAUCUGUGCAUGUCUGUGUGAUAGUGGCAGCAAUGACUGAACCGUAUGAUCGAGGAGGCUGGAUGUGAGUCCACACUGAGGAAACUCGAUUGGGCGUUUUACAUGGUUAAUCUUAGAAGUAAGACACAGUCUAAUAUAAAAAGGUUGGUUAGCGAAAACUUCUUCGGCGAUAUUUUCGACUGAAAUGUAAAUUUUACAAGGUACUGAUACAGGAGUGCCCAGAUUAAAUUUACUUUUGACUUUUGGAUUUUCUUUUAAAGCGUUAUGAGAAUACGAAACGACACCAUGCAUUAAUGGAUUUGAAAAAUAAAACAAAAGAAGUAAAAAGUUCAGUGCUGAAGGUAGACGCGAACGGGUAAAUAAACGAUUGAAGGCAAAAUGUAACAUACUGUGUGAAAAAAGAAGAAUAAGUAUGAAUUAGUAUCAGGAGCCAUAAUCGGGGACGGAGACCGUAAGUCUUGGGAUCC